AUGACAUCACCAAAGAUUCACGCCGCCGAUCGCGACACAAUUUCCGAGUGCAAGUCGCAACCCAUCGACUCGCAACAAGAAGCUGUCGCAACAGACAGCGCGACUUCCUCGGUACGAGCGGAUUCUCCCAUCUCGGUCGCAACUACCUCGUCUACAACCUUAACACCGAAAAGAAGAAAAAACCGCAGGGCGAAACAACAAACACCACCUUCUCGUGUUGACACUCCUCUUUCUGCUGGCAACACGGACGACGCAACGAUGACCUGCCUUCCCCUUCUCAUUUGCAGUCUAGGCAACCCAGGCGCCGCGUACGCAAACACUCUACACAGUGCUGGUCACAAUGUUGUAGCUGCAUUAGCAAUACUCCUCCAAGCCGGCCAGUUCACAAAAGACCGCUCAUACGGCAAUGGCACCCUCACACGCUCCUACAACCCAGAGAUGCCGUGGACGUUAUGGCAAUCACCCGCUUUCAUGAAUGAGAGCGGUAAAGGUGUCAAUGCUGCCUACCGCACCUGGGCGCGCGAGAACAACAUGCAGGGAAGACUGGUGGUCGUACACGAUGAGUUGGAAAAGCCGUUGGGUUCGGUGACGAUACGGGACAAAGAAGGGCUUUCUGCCAGGGGACACAAUGGACUCAAAAGCUGUUUAGCAACUCUGAAUGGUGUCAAGUUCGUGAGGGUCGGCGUGGGAAUUGGAAGACCAGUCAGCAGAGAGCCUAAUGAUGUUGCGAGAUAUGUCUUGAAGAAGAUGACGCCGGCAGAGAGACAAAAGAUCGAAGGUGCGGCCGAGGAUGUUCUGACUAAGUUGUUGGCCAUCAAGGGAUGA